CAGGCCACCACGCCACACUCCCAGUCGCUAGGGGGCAGUAACGCGGUCUGUUUACCUAACAAACAUGUCAAGGAAGAAGAAAAUGUGCAGCUAAGAAAACAUGUAUCUGCAUUAGCGCCAAAAAGUGUUAAGUAGAUGCUUCAUUGUUGACUAGUAGUAUGCCUCUGUCAACACAAUCACAGUCAGGAAGUGAUCAGUAUGUUCUGGUCGCUAGUCUGGAUAAUGUAAGGAACCUUUCCAACAUCCUGAAAGCGAUAUCCUUCAAAGACCACGCAAUAUUUAAUGCAACUCCAAACGGACUGAAGGUUACUGUAGAAGAGUCUAAAUGUCUUCAAGCAAACGCUUUCAUUCAGGCGGAGAUCUUUCAAGAAUUCACCUUGAAGGAGGAUGUGGUUGGGUUUCAGGUGAACCUCACAGUGCUGCUGGAUUGCCUCACAAUCUUUGGUGGAAGCACAGUGCCAGGAGUGAGCACAGCUCUGAGAAUGUGCUAUAAUGGCUAUGGCUACCCUUUAACCCUGUUCCUGGAGGAGGGAGGAGUGGUAACCGUUUGCAAGAUCAACACCCAGGAGCCUGAAGAGCCUUUAGAUUUUGAUUUCUGCAGCACUAAUGUCACCAACAAGGUGAUCCUUCAAUCAGACAGCCUGAAAGAGGCGUUUUCAGAGCUGGACAUGACCAGUGAGAUCCUGCAGCUAACAAUGUCACCAAGUCAUCCCUAUUUCAGACUGUCAACAUUUGGAAAUUCAGGAAAUGCCCAUUAUGACUACCCCAAAGACUCAGACAUGAUGGAACUGUUCCAGUGCACUAAAACACAGACCAACAGGUACAAGAUGUCACUCUUAAAACCCUCCACUAAGGCCCUCGCUCUGUCCUGUAAGGUGUCAGUGAGAACAGAUACUCGAGGUUUCCUCUCAUUACAGUAUCUUGUACGGAAUGAUGACGGACAGAUUUGUUUUGUUGAAUAUUAUUGCUGUCCUGACGAAGAGAUCGGUGAAGAAUAAAGGAACAAGAAGGACCAUAUUUGGGUAAAAUUGGCAUUUUUUCUAUGUAAAAGUCAAACUGGGAUGCUGCAGACUGAGUUGUUCAGUGUGGAUUUUCCUUUCACAAAGGUUUUGUGGUUUGUUAUAUUGUUGUAUGCUGUAUAUUUGAUAUGAAUGUAACUUACUGUGUAAUAUUACUGUGCAGAAUUUUGUCAUUUUAUGAAUAAAUAAUGAAAAUUA